AUGGAGGCUAUGGUGUGGACCCCCGAUGUGGUCGAAGAUCUUCUCUUCCGGCAGUUUAUCAAGGAUGAGGACAUCUCUCGCCAACUCCCCCCUGCUCCACAGGUGUCCAGCGAAAACUUUCUCGAGAAGUACGACCAGGCAACGAAGAUUCUUUUUUCGUACGUGCGCAACGGCCCUGUGUCGGCGCUCGCCUCGCAGAAUGUGAACACAGCGGCUAUCGGCAAGCACGGCGGUGGCACCCCGCUUAAAGGCUUCGUAGGACGCACCCCGGCAACGAAGCCGGCUCCACCAGAGUCUUCACGGUCGUUUGCUCGCACGGCAACACCGACGCCAGCCCCCACUAGCCGCGCACCAUCUGUGCAGAAAGCGAACACCAGCCCUCCCCCACCGUCCAAAAAGCGGCAACGUGUGGAGUGGCCGACGGACGUGCCUACGAACCAGAUGCUGAAGAGCAACAGCCGCUCCAAAGUAGCGCACCUGACGGCGAAGCGCGUGGCGGCGCAGCAGGGCGUCGACCCCGACCUCAUCUUUACCCAGAACUUUGGUGACCUUCCCCUCAGCGUCAUAUUUGCUCCGUACCCAAAGGCGCUUAAAUCCGUUUCGGCCGUGCGCAACGCUAGCGGAGACUGGCGCACGGACGCCUUUACUGUUGAAGAGGAGGCCGCCUACAAGAACGACUUGGGCUAUGUGCACUGCGGGCCUAGCCAGUGUGCGCAUGACAAGUGGCUUCCUUCUUAG